UGUUGUUUCUUUGGCAAAUGUUAUUAUUUUUUAUUUGUUAUUAAUUAUUUUCUUUAUCGUUAUUUCCAUGGCAUCCUCGAUCCGUCACUGCAUUCCCACACACACACCUCCUACCUUCUAGAUUCAAGAUUCAAGUUCACUAAAGCAGUAAGCAGUCCACCGGUUCAUUCUUACCAGAUUAUUCAUUUGAAAAUCAAUUUUGAAUGUUGUUUGUGUGUCUAGAUUUUCUUCGCAGUUUCGACGCUGCCGAAUAUUGAAAACAAAACAAAAAACAGAAGUAGCAGCAGCAGCAACAGCAGCAGCCAGCGGCGGUGAUAACAACGAUCUACAAGCAAGAAGAGUGUAAUAACUGAUUAAUACUGAACAACAACAUGAAGAGUUUAACAGUCGGCAUCGCCUUAGCCUUAGUUGUUUUGGUGGCGAUCUGCGAUCCGACGCGGUCCGCCAGUUUGCAGGGCCGAGUCAAGAGACAGGGUUGGAACUGGGGCGAGGGAGGCAGCAGCGUCAACCGUCCGACGAGGCCUUCGAGAACCACGACGACGACGACGACGACUACAACCGUCGCACCGACGACCCCCGUCCAAGGAGGAGGAGACGGAGGUGCAGCAGGAGGCACCACCACGACGACGCCAUCCCCAGCGUACACGCGAUGCCUGAGUUCGUGUGCGAGCACCCCUCAAUACAAUCCGGUCUGCGGCUCUAAUCGCGUCACCUACGAUAACAUAGGUCGUCUGAAUUGCGCCCGAAGAUGCGGCUCAGAUGUGACGAUGCUCUUCAACGGUACCUGCGGGUCGAGGAGGAGAAGGUAGUGAGUGGAGAUUCCACCGCAAAAGGAAAAACAAAACGGCAAUUGCAGCCCAUGAACCUAUUAUUGUUAAUUAAUGGUAAUCUAAGCACAACUCGAAUCAAAAAUAAUAAAGUAAACGUCUAUUAAUAUAAUUC